AGAUUGAAGUUUAUCUUUAAAUGAUGUGAGUUCUACAUAUUCUUCUCUCUCUCUCUCAGAGGGAGAGACGAACACACACAAAUAUAUAAAUUUACUAGUCCUAGGCAUCUUCCACAGGUCUAGACAGAUGUAGUCUUCAUCAGUUGCACAGAUGGCAGCAGCAUCUGGCGUGGCAAUAUACUCUUGUAACGGGUGGCUUACAGACAAUCUCCUGCUAUAAUUUUUAUGCUAAUUACAGUCACACAGAUACUAUAAAAGUGGCCAUCCAGCAGACACUCAGCAACUGCCAUCGACUCUGCCAGAGGAUCUUCAGACUGUGGACCGUCAGGAAACUCGUCUUCCGACCAAACACCCGCCAGCCAUCGCUGAUCUUCUGUUUGUCCUUGUCGACUGCUUCAUCCUCAGGUCUCCAAACAUGGCGGCAUCGUGUCUCUCGCUGUUCGUCCUGGUGACGGUCGUCAUGGCGCAGUCUGUCAUUGGUCUCGACCAGGCCAUGAAGGACUACAUCCUGGGUGUUCACAACAAGUAUCGCGGAGGACAAGGGGCCUCCAACAUGCACUUACUGGCUAUUGGUGGUCGCAUGGGAGGUCUUCAGCUGGACUUUCAGUUAAGCCCAAGGUCUAGACCAAACUUGAGAACGGUGACAAGACUUAUUGACCUUCCAUGCAACCUGGUCCUGAAGUUGUCGGUUAUAUUUAUAUAUGACAGUGAUGUCGGUAAUGUUAGUCAUGUCAGUGAUGUCAGUCAUGUCAGUCAUGUCAGUCAAGUCAGUGAUGUUAGUGAUGUCAGUGAUGUCAGUCAAGUCAGUGAGUGGGCCGGCGGUUGUCGUUUCGAGCAUCAGAUGAAAACCCGAGGCGAGAACCUGGCCUGGAACUCUCAGAUCGACAAACCAGAGACGGAGUUGAUCGACAUCGCAAUGAAGCACUUUUAUGACGAAAAACUCCGCUACAGCUACGGUCAAAGGUCAUGUGGCUCAUCCUCCGCCUGCCACUACACACAGCUCGUGUGGGCCAAGACCCGGCGGGUGGGCUGUGCCUCCCGUCUGUGUACCCCUCUUGCCAACGCCUACAACAAGGCCUGGUACCUCGUCUGCUUCUACGACCCCAAGGGCAACUGGAAUGGCGAGAAGCCUUUCGAGAAGGGACCAGCAUGCAGCGGGUGCAGUGGUGGCACCUGUGAGGCCAACCUGUGUGUAGGUGCCAGUGAUGACAGCAGUGCAGGUAAGCCGUGUGAGGACACCAACCCCUCCUGCUCCACCUGGGCCUCCAACAACCAGUGUGUCAGCAACCCCGUGUACAUGAAGAGCAACUGCGCCAAGUCCUGCGGCAUCUGUGGAGAAAAACCAGGGUGUCAGGAUCAAAGCCCGCAGUGCGCGGAGUGGGCCAAAAGAGGGGAGUGUGCAUCCAACCCUGCCUACAUGAACACCAGUUGUGCCAAGUCCUGUGGCAAAUGUUAGCUCGUCUACCUGUAUACUACCUGUAGUUUGUACUAGUCAUUAGCUGUAACUAGUAGUUUGUAGAAGUGUAGCACUACUUUUGUUUCUUAAAACUUUUUUGCAUGUUUUGUGGUGUGAGGAGGUUUGACUGUUUGCUAAAAUGCUCAAAAUGAUUUAUGUUGAGACACACCAGUGUAUCAUGGUGUCCAUCAUGUACAACACAGGCUCAGGGAUGUUGCAAUAAUGUGUUUAAAAGAGAAACAGUGAAGAUUUUGUUUGAAACAAUGAUGUUUAAUGUUAGUUUUACUACUACACGUAGACUUUGGAAAAUAAAUGUUAAUUUUUAAAAUUAAAA